AUGGAAGUGACCAUCGUGGAUAGCGGCGACCUGCCUGAAGGGACCAUCAUCUCCUUCCAUACCGGGACUGUGCGUCGCCAUGCCCAGGUCCAAAAUGGAAAGGCCAUUGGCGUGACGGGCAUUGGCACGGAGCCGGUCCGUGUGGAUCUGAUGGCAGAGAUUGGAAGCCACACCUUUGAUGUGAAGGAGGGGCAGGAUGUCUAUGAAGUGCCCAUUGGUAAGGAAGAAACCAGUCUGAAGCUGCAGAUCCGUGGGGCUGCAGGCAAAGAGGAGCCCACAGAGUCCGGCAGUGGGGUCUCCAGAAAGCUCCAAACAGCCCUGAUGAUGCGCAGCUACUUGGACAAUCAUGAUGUUUUGCGCCAAAUGCAGGAGCUCCUGCAGGAGAUGGUUGUGAGCCAGCCAGAGGAUCCAGUGGAAUUCAUGAUCAAGCGGCUGGAGAUGGUGUGCAAGGAUAGUCAGGGUGCGGAUUAUGAUCUCAUUGAGGGCGAGGUGGCAGGAACAGUGCAGAAAGCCGAUGGACCCAAGGAAGCCGCAGCGGAUAGUGAUUCCGAUGACGGCGCGGACGAUGGACCGGAUGAACCUCCACCUCCCCCGCCCCAGCGCAAGCAGAGACAGUCCGUCUCGGCAGAAGCCUAUGGCGCCUUCAACGAGCGCAAGGCCUACGUGCCCAAGGUCAUUGCCAAGGAUGAGGCUCAAACUGCCCGGCUGCAGGAAGUUCUGCAAGCCUGUUGGAUGUUCAAACACCACACUCCGGAGAACAUGAAGAUCAUUUUGGAUGCUAUGCAGGAGAAACAGGUGGAAGCUGGUACCCGUCUGAUUCAGGAAGGAGAUGAGGGAGAGGUGAUGUGGGUGAUUGAGGAUGGUGAGUUGGAUUGCAUCAAGGUCAUCCAAGGGCAAGAGAAAGUGGUCAAGACCUGCAAGCGUGGAGAUGUCUUUGGCGAGCUCGCCUUGUUGUACAACUGCAAGCGUGCUGCCUCUGUGGUAGCCUCCAGGGCGUGCAUUUUGUGGGAGUUGGAUCGUGAGACCUUCAAGGCCAUUUGCUAUGAAGCUGCUCAAAAAGCUCCCCCCGAGUACGAAGGCUUCAGUGCCCCUGCAGGAUCUGAAGCAGCGCCAGCUGUUUCCUUCUCAGAGGCUGCCCCAGCAGUGGCCGCAGCCGCCGUGGCAGCAGAUGAGGAAGCCAAAGCAGACGACUCCGAUGCGUCAGAUGAUGACGCCCCAGAUGAGUCAGCACCAGUGAAGAAGCCUGUGCGACCUCCAGGAAGACGCACCGGAGUCAGUGCAGAAGCGAGCAAAGGUGACGCAGAUGAUUGGGUGCCACCGGUCUAUGAGAAGACACCUGAGGAACGAGCUUCGUUGUCAAACAUUAUCAAAUCCUCCCGGGAUUCCAAGAUUCACAUGCUCUUUGGCACCGUCACCCAGGAUACUUUUGAGAAGAUUUUGGAUGCCAUGUUCAUCAAGAAGAUUGCCAAGGGGGAGAAUGUGAUCCAGCAGGGUGAUGAGGGCGACUACUUCUACAUUGUGAAGAAGGGUGACUUUGACAUCUUCGUGAAGAAGGGUGAUGAUCCACCAAAGAAGGUUUUCCAGUGCGGCCCCGGCUUCGCUUUUGGCGAGAUGGCCCUGCUCUACACCUGUCCGCGCAGCGCCACCAUCACGGCGCACGACGACUCGGAGGUGUGGAGCCUGGACCGGACGGCCUUCCGAAACCUCGUGGUGCGCAGCAGUGAGGCGCAGUUCAAGGAGUCCUGCAAGUUCCUGAAUAGUUGCGACAUCUUCGCCACUUUGACCCAAGAUCAGAUCUGUUCGUUGGCAGAGGUGUUGGAAGAAGAGGAGUUUGAUGAUGAUGAGGCCAUCGUGGAGCAAGGCGAGAAGGACGACAAGAUGUUCAUCCUUCGAAGUGGCCAGGCAGUCGCUUGCAUCGCCGGCGAGAAGGGUGAGAUCGAGGUGAAGCAGUACAGUAAAGGCGAAUAUUUUGGAGAGAUUGCACUGCUCAGUGGACAGCCCCGAAAAGCCAGCGUCUAUGCGGUGGGCAAAGCUGUUUGCUUCUACAUCACGCGGCCCACCUUCAAACGAAUCUUGGGACCCUUGCAGAGCUUCUUGGAAGGUAACAUGGAUAAGUAUGCCAAAUACCAAGAUGCCAUGAAAGAGGCCGCCGGUGAGCAAUUGGAUGAAGAGAGGGAUGCUCAUGAGGAUGAGGAUCUGCACAGUUCAGCGAAGCAAGAGAAGAAGCCCAAGGUCGUGCGCAAACGCGAAAAGAAGCAGGAAGAGAUCAAAGUUGAAAAGAAGGUGGUCAGCGAGGCGGGCUCUGAAGCACCACCCGAGACCUUGGCAGACAAGGUGGCUCAGGACUUCAAGAACCCUGCGUUGGUCACACCAAGCGACGAACAUGUGGUGUCGGAUGCGCACAUGAUGAUGUUCGGUGGAGUGGUUCCGGGACAGAAGUUCACCAUGGACAAACACAUCCAUUGCCGCAGCGGCUUUGAGAAGCAGCAAAAAGGUGAGGAAGACUACUACACUUGGACGGGCACCACCAAGCUGAAGCAGCCCACCGACAUUGCCGUGCUGUGCCAGAAGGGGCAGAAGUCCGCGAGCAAUCCGACACCGAAUCAGGACAACUUCUUCAUCCACCACGUGGGCGCCAUUACGAUGUACGGAGUGUGUGAUGGCCAUGGACCUUUUGGACACCUGGUGUCCUUCCGCCUGGUGCAGACCUUGCCGUUUUAUCUCAGCAAAAGUGAGCACUUUGGCAAGAACUGGGAGGAGGCCCUGAAGGAAGCCUUUCAAAAGGCGCAAGAGGAUCUGGAGGAGUUCUGCAAGCUCCACACCAUCAACAUCGAGGCUUCCGGCGCCGCAGGCUCCGUGCUGGUACUGGAGGAGCAAACGGUGCACAUCGCCUUCAUCGGCGACGCCCGGGUGAUGUUGGGCUCUUGGAAUCGCCGGGACUCGCGGAUGAUCUUCUGCACCAAGGACCACAAGCCAGAGCUACCAGAGGAGAAAGCACGUCUGGAAGCCGAAGGUAGUGAAGUUCGAGAGGUGGAUGAAGGGAGCUGGCGCAUCUAUUUGAAAGGUUCCAACUUCCCUGGCCUGACCAUGUCACGUGCCUUUGGUGAUACCGCCUGCGCUGGUAUUUCGCGGGUGCCUGAAUAUCACAAAUUCCUGAUGCAGCCGAAUGAUCAAUGGUAUGCGAUCGUGGCCAGUGACGGCAUUUGGGAGUUCAUCGAAGGCGAAGAUUGCUGCAACAUGACUUCGAAGAAGCUUCGACUAAAGGGAACUCGUGAAACAGUGGAAUUCAUCACGAGUGCCAGCAGGAAGCGCUGGGCCCAUGUUUGCGGUGACUACUGCGAUGACAUCACCGCAGUGCUCAUCCAAUGGAACGCACCCACACCGCUGGAAGGUGGGAACAACCAUUGUUUGACGGUGAGGCAAUUUCAGCCACCAUCGUCGUGA